UCGGCGCGCCACAUCUGGGACUGGGAGCUCCGGCGCCAGUCCAGUUGCCGGGGGGCCGGAAAUCGAUUCCCAGGGACCCCAAUUUGGUAAGAAAUGUCGUGAUCUAAGUCGCGAUACAAGGGGCUCCAGGGUUUUUAGGGUUCUUAGAACGGACCUCCUUUGAGCUCGUCUCCAUGGCGGAGCUCUCUCGGCAGCUCAACAAAUUCAAGCAGCAGCAGCAGGCUCUCACCGAUGUGGCGGUGGCGGCGGCCAAGCGCUCGGGCGGCGGCAGCAAAAAGAAGCCUCCGGUGGCUCCGGCGGCUCCGGCGGCGCCGCCAGGAGGAGGAGGAGGAGGCGGAGCGGCGCCAUCGCCAGCGCCACCCUCCAUCUCCAAUCUCACAUUCCAGAACGACAAGGAGAAGCUCCAGAUGAUCAACCAGGUGCGUCGCUCGCCGACCAUGGCCCAGGUGAAGCGCGUCCUGGACGUCCUCCUGGAGACCCGCGAGGCGCUCCUCCCGGACGAGAUCAACAACCGCUGCUUCGUCGACGUGGCCAACAACAAGGAGGUGUUCGAGACGCUCAAGAACAACGUCAAGGUCUCGUUCGAUGGCCAGCGCUUCUCGUACAAGGCCAAGCACGGCCUCAAGAACAAGGCGGAGCUGCUCGUCCAGCUGCGAAAGUGUACCGAGGGGAUGGCGCUCUCGGAGCUCCGGGACGCGUACCCGGGGAUCGUGAGCGACGUCCAGGAGCUCAAGGCGAGCGGCGAGAUCCGGGUCAUGUGUAACUCGGACUCGCAGGAGGAGAUACUCUACCCGGACGACCCCCGGAUGAAGAUCAAGGUGGACGAGGAUAUCGCCAAGCUGUGCCGGAGCAUCGAGCUCCCCACGGACUUUGUGCUGGUGGAGCGCGAGCUGCAGAAGAACGGGGUGAGGCCCAUGACGAACUCGGUGCUGCGGAGGGAGAGGAUGAGUCUGCUCAGCGCGCAGCAAGGUGGCAGCAAGCAAAAGAAAAAGAAGAAGAUCUCCAAGCGGACCAAGUAUACCAACAUCCACUUGCCGGAGCUGUUCAAGAGCGUGCCAUCUGAUGUUGGAUCGUGAGAGAAAGAGAGAGAUACAGCUGGAGAUAAUGGAAAUCGUCAAGAACUCGAGUGUGAUCAAUGGUAGAAGUGAUUGAAAACUUUGCAAGCUCGCUUAAAGAAAGAAAAAAGGAUUACUUGAAA